AAAGUGGCUGGCGUCUCGCUUGCAUUUGGUUGUUUCGUAUUUUUAAUUCAGUGCAAACCAUGAGUGCAAAAUCAUUUUUUGAAAGUGACGAAGAUGUGGCACAACGGAAUAAAUUGUCCAGAAAAGCCAAGGAAUCACCAUUCAUGCUUAUCGGUAUUGCUGGCUUUGUAGCUGCGGGCCUCAUCGGCGCCUAUAAAUAUAAGCACCGUGGCACGAUGAGCACGAGUGUCUUCCUGAUGCAACUUCGCGUGGCGGCCCAAAGUGCAGUUGUGGGCACAUUGACUCUUGGCUUGGCCUACACGAUGGCCAAGGAAUAUAUAUUCGAUAAGCAGCCAAAGAAAGAUUUGGAACCACUGUCUAAUUAAAUCCCACUCUCAUACAUAUAUGAUUGAUUGACACCUUAAUCCCGAAAUCGCGAAGCACUGCUGCUGAUUCGGUCCUUCAACAUAUCUGCAAUUCAGCGAACCUAACUUUUAUUUAUUGCAUCAUCAUAAGCUAUCCCCCCCGCCCUCACACACAAAUACAAACCACACUGAAAACGAGGCUUUGUACCUACAUAACUGUUAAGUGUUCGAUAGCUAAUGUAUUUGUAUACCUGCUGUUUAUGAUUGUGAUACAAGCUGUGUGUUUUUGUACAACAAGAGCGAAGUUCUACAUUCAAAUUAGUCGAAUUAAGCACAAGUCGAGGCGUGCGACAGAAUGGAAGUUAAAAUAUAAAAAAUACCUCUUACAAAACAUGAAAUAUUAUGUACAUACUAUAAAAAAUGAUACGCAUGUACGUUUAAAAUAAAAUCUAUUUAAGAUCAGAAGAAAA